AUGGAGAGCAGAUUCGUUAUCCAGUUUCGUAACUCUUCAGCGGAGACACUGGUGGACGGGGGAAAUUCAGUUGUCUACUCUAGAAACUCUUCUAAUGGGAGUAACUGUCCUAUCAUAACUCAUCAAACUACGUCUACCCCUACAUCCAAGUCGUCCAGAAGUACUACUAUAUUGAAUGAUUCAGCUUAUAAAUCUGAGUUGCCUCCUCCGCCACUUGUGUAUGCCAAUGAAAAGGCAAUAUUAUUGCAUUUUGCGCGGCUGUUCGCCCUGCGCCAUGGAUACCAGUUGGUGAUCAACAAGAAUGAUAAACGAAGAGUUAUAAUGCUCUGCUCCAAACAUGGAAACUAUCGACAUUCAAGUAAAAAGACUUCAUGUGAAGGGCAAAGUGUGAUAAGGGGUGUAAAUGGACUCAAGAGACAGGCCAAAUGUGAUUGUCUUUUCCGGGCUGAGCUUCAAUUUAAGUCUAGGAAAAAUCUCUGGUUGUUAAAACCUAUUUACAUGAAACAUAAUCACUCUUCAAAGUUAACCCUUCCAAUAAUUAGAGGCAAAUCAGAUAAUGCUUCGCAACCCUCCAGACUCGACGAUUUCUGUUCUGAUAAAAAUCACUUGAAUUGUUUCUUCGAUGCUUCCCGGGAUUCAGGCUUGGAUUUGGCUUCCUCUGACCCAUUUAAAUUCCCCUAUAGUAGGGAGCUCGAUGGAAUACGCGUUCUAUCUUCUGAUUUACCUACACCUCCUGUCAAUACCGAAGAGCCUAUCUUAGAUGACCUUACAGUGUCUGUUUCGGCACAUCUGAAAAGAGCUUUAGAUGCCAUGAAUUAUACUCCAAAAGAACACUUUCUGGACCAGCGAUCUAAUAACUCAUUUGAUGAACCUCCUACCAAGAAACCAGAUUUGAAAUCCGAGUUUUAG